GGGUGGGUGGAAGGGCUUUCUCUUUAACUUAGUACAGCUUUGAUGGCUAAUCGACUUGUGAGAGGUUGUUGUAAGUUUUAUGAAAAUAAAGACUAGAACUAGUGUGCCGUGUAGUACGGAACACGAAUAUUACGUGACAAAGAUAAAUACAAGGAUCCAUUGUUUUUAUGUUAGUAAAGAAAACGUUUGGGAAGUGGAUUUAAUUUGAUAAGAAUAUAGUAUUCUAUUUGGGUUACACCAGCACGUAAAAAUAUCUCGCAACGCUCCUCAGUAUUUCUCUUUAUACGUGCAGUUAGGUUCCAACUAUUUGUUCAAAAAAACAUUAACGUAACAUACGAACUCUUUGUUUUUGUUUUUCAUAUGCACUUAAAUGAAGUUUCGAAAAAAGAAAAGAAAAUAUUAUUUGUUAUUUUAAUGUACCACAAGCGUUGGGGAAGGGAAGUGAUUUAUUUGAAAGAAAACUUAUGAACUAACUUUUUAGCUAUACAAACGUUAUCAAUAAAAAUUGUUAGCGUAUGCUAACGGAAAAUCUUAAUGACUGGUCAUAUCUGAACUUAACUACCAACAUCUGGGGUUGAUAAAAUCAAGAUGUAUUUUGGAAGGAAAAUUUUAAUUUAGUACAUGGAGUCAAUAUAUAUAUAUAUUUAUUUUACAAAAUCUGCUUUAAAUGUCCAAUGUAAAUAAAGCAAAUAAAAUGAAGUUUUGUCGAUGGCGAUUUUUUUAUCUCUGCGUUUUGAUUUUCUUUGGUGUCUCUAUCAUGACUUUGAUGCAAGAGCUGCAAAUUAGCGUUGGACAACGCGUCAAUCGUAACGAAGUUAAAUUAUAUUCUCGUAAUACUUUUUAUGAAGAAAAGAACGAAGUUGAAGGGAAUAGUAACUCGAAGGAAACAAAUGAUGAAAUGAUUAAGUAUGGGAAAAAUAAUACAAAUAAAAAAGUUAAAAUGAGUUACUCUGUCAGAGAAAGGGAGAGGCUGUAUCAAAGCAUAGAAGCUUCCUUCGACAAAACUUUAUCUGUAGAUACAGAUCGUGAGGUUUUGAAAAAUCUUUUUCCAAACGCUCAGAUCUUACAUCAAGACAAUAUUGCAAGCGUUUGGUCUGGUACUGAUUUCGAUGGGAAUACUGAUCGCAUUUCCUUGCAAUUACAGUUCAAACUGAAAACAACCACAAAACCAAAGUUGAUUUUGUUACACAACCGUGACCGAAAUCUCAAAAAUGAAAUAUUUCGGAAAAAACAGUGCAAUGUUAAUAACUGUAUCAUUUCACGAAAUCCUGCCGAUUAUGAUCGCGCUGAUGCUGUCAUAUUUCAGCACGUGCCAACAUGGGUGAAAAGACCUGUAUCCAAUUCAAAUCAGUUGUGGAUUUAUCAUCAAUUGGAAUCACCUUUGAGCGUUAAAAGUAUCCCGAAUGGUGUCUACAUCAAUUGGACAGCAACAUACAGACUUGAUAGCGUUUUACCGACUCCGUAUGAAAAAUUCACAUUGUUUGAUCAAAAGGAAAUAGAAUUUUCUACUUUUAAUUUCGCAAAAGAUAAAACAAAACUUGUCGCUUGGUUUGUCUCGAAUUGCAAAGAUAAAAGCGGAAGAAUGACGUAUGUGAAUGAAUUACAAAAAUAUAUAAGUGUGGAUGUUUAUGGUGCGUGUGGGGAACUUAGAUGUCCAACUCAGAAUUCAAAAAAAUGUUUUAAUAUGCUGAAAAAUGAUUACAAGUUUUAUUUGGCGUUUGAGAAUUCAAAUUGUGUGGAAUAUGUAACCGAGAAAUUAUUCAAUGCAUUAAAGUACGACGUCAUACCUAUUGUAAUGGGUGCUCCUAUUGAAGACUAUAAACGAAUCGCUCCACCAGAAAGUUUUAUACACGUUGAUCAAUUUGAGAAUCCACAAAAACUAGCAGAGUAUUUGAAAUACUUAGACUCAAAUGAAAACGCGUACAAUGCUUAUUUUCAGUGGAAAAGUAUGGGAGGCUUUAUUGAUACGAAAUUUCAGUGUAGGUUAUGUGCGAUGGUCAACAUUGCAUGGGACUUUCCAAUGUGGUAUAAAGAUAUAAACGAUUGGUGGCGCGGCGAUAAAUGUCUCCUACCUACUAAAGCAUGGAAAAAAUGGAAAAAGAAAGACUAA